CAGCAUAGUGAGCCCGCAGAUAUCGUCCCCUUCGGUGGCACGGUUCUGCUCCAUAUUGGAGGUGAGGGGAAGGCUGUGUGUGUGAGUGAGAGGAGGAGAUAGUGUGUGUGUUCCUCUGCGUGUCUGUGUACUGCCCCUCGCUUGCACUUCUGGGCAUGGGGGCUGGCCAAGCCUUCUGUGCACCCUGUGCUGGCCCCCACCUCAGAGCCGGCCCCUGGCGCCUAGUUUGAGACCUGUGCCCAGCCACGGGGACAUGAUUGCUCAGGACGACGCCUCCUCCCCGCUGAGCUUCCCCCCAGGAGGGUCUGGGGCCCUGUGUGCUCAGCUCUUCUUCAACCCUGCCCCCCCGCUGCUCUCAGCUAGGGAGGUGAAGGUGAGCCCCUAGGCAACAGGCAGAGGAGCUGCUAGACCCAGGCUGGCAAAGCACACAGGCUAAGUGCUGAGGAGAGGGAGCAGCUGCUGCCAAACCUGAGAGCUGUGGGGUGGAACGAGUUGGAAGGUCGAGAUGCUAUCUUCAAGCAGUUCCAUUUCAAAGACUUCAAUAGGGCGUUCGGCUUCAUGACCAGAGUGGCCCUGCAGGCCGAGAAACUGGACCACCACCCCGAAUGGUUUAACGUGUACAACAAGGUCCACAUCACCCUGAGUACCCAUGAGUGUGCAGGCCUUUCAGAGCGGGACAUAAACCUGGCCAGCUUCAUCGAACAAGUAGCAGUGUCCAUGACAUAGACCCUGCCCUUCCUCUUGGAAUUCUUCAGGGGACAGGGGUUACUGAACUGGGAAUCUAGAGAGGGAACUGGGGAGCCUCGAGAUGUUGAUGCAGUCAGAGUUGCCAAGGCGACCCUGCUGCCUCCAUUUAGGGGUGAGCUCUUGCUGGGAAAACGGGAGAUGCCAGCACAUGGGCCAACACCAGGAACUCUUCCCCACACCACUCUCUUCAUCCUUGGGGCUCUGUUACAUGUACACUAAGUGAAGUAAGAUCUUCCCUUUCUUUGUAACUUUCCAGCAACAGUACUGUUUUUUCAGUAAUUUUCUUUCCAGGCUGUGUCUUGAUCCCUUUUUAGUUUAUUUCCCAAGAAGCUGUGACAGCUGUGUCUACGAUAGAAACCAAGAUCCUAAAGUCAAGCCUAUCCUGUGUGACAGAAACAUAUGUGCUUUUAUGCCUCAAAUAAAACUAUGGUUUUACUUGGC